AUGGCUAUUAUGAGUGUGGAUGCUCUAAAGAAUUUAAAUAAUAUUUACAACAGCAUCCACAACUUCAUCACCUUAGCUGAAAAAGGAAACGGUUCGGAUAUCGCAGUAAAGCUACGGUACUUGGAAGCAUCACUGGAACAGUUCAGAGAAUCUAUUGAUUCUACAUCUGAUAUAAUUGGAAACGAAAAUCACCAACGUGCAAGGAUAGCUGAUUUAAAUCGGCGGAUUGCACUGAAAGACGGUUUGAUCAAUUCAUUUCGAAAUGGACAACGCUCAUUCAGCACAUAA